AUGGCUGACAUCCCACCCGCAUUUUUCAUUUUAGUAAUGUUUUUUCAUUCAUUGAGGAACAUAUCUGAAAGCAUAGAACAUUGUUCUUCUUCUGUCACUACUGAAGAUAACAAUGAUCAUGAACUUUGUGGUGGGUUUCAAAAUGUCAGGGGCAGUAAAAAUGGUUUCAAAAAUUUUUCUAGGGAGUUGAAAGUUUAUAUCUCUAAUGCUGAUGGUGCAAUGUUUGUUCAGAACCUUGAACAAAAAGUGAAAACCAGUAAAGGGGGUUAUUAUUUUGAUUACUGUGUUGAUGAAAGUAGGCAUUUGACCCGUGUCUUUUGGGCUGAUACUAUUGGUAGAAGAGAUUAUCAAUUAUUUGGGGACUCUUUAUCUUUUGAUUCUACCUAUGAUACAAAUAAAUAUUCAUUGGUUUUCUGUCCUUUUACUGGUGUUGAUAAUCACAAGAGAUGUGUUACAUUUUGUGUUGCUCUAUUAUCUAAAGAAGACAUAGAUUCUUUUGUGUGUCUAUUUCAAAAUUUUUUGAAGUGUAUGGGAAGAGAACCCUCUUGUAUUAUCAAUGAUCAAGAUCCUGCAAUGGGUAUUGCCAUAGAAAAGGUUUUUACCAAGACUAAACAUAGGCUAUGUAUGUGGCACAUAAUGAGGAAGGUACCUGAAAAGGUUGGAACUGCUUUUUGUAAUGAAACUAAUUUCCUGAAAAAGCUAAGUGUAGUAGUUUGGGAUAGAGAGAUUGAUCCUCAUGUAUUUGUUGAUGGCUAG